UAUCCGAACUCAGACCCAUGACCUCGCACCAUUAUGUGUUACAACACGGACCCCGCCGUCACUGUACCUGGGUCAAAGAAUACUUCCAUGAGUCCAUGACUGCACAUUUACUGCAUUGCAUUGCAUUUCUCCACCACAUGGGCUUUUAAUACUACUUUCACCGUGAGAACAAGUACAUAAUUUCAGGUUGCAGUUUCCAGCAGCAUGAUCCGUUCGUUUAUUCCCAUCACCGCGGCUUCAGCUCUCGGGUUCAAGUGUGUCAACUUGCUGUUUAACUAUGACUUUCUUCUGGCCCCGCCGCCUGGGAAAUAUGCAGGCAAGGAGCGGCACCGAUGGCGCAACGCGGCCACCUCGCUGGUCAACGCGGUCAUUGUGUCCGGAAUUGUUAUUUACUGUUUGUAUAGCCAGCCAGGACUAUGGAGCGAUCCGGUGAGGCACUACGCCGUGUCAGUCGAAGUUUGCUUCGCAGUAAUAUCGGGGUACUUAAUCUAUGACACGUACGAUCUGCUGACUCACAACCGCUUCGCCAAAGUCUGGGCGCUUUUUGCACACCACAGCAUCAUGACGUCCACAUUCUUUAUGAUGAGUAUCGAACGCCUGGCAAUGGGCAUCUUGACGAUGGGCCUACUGAGCGAAGUGAACGCCAUCUUUCUUCACUCCCGCCAACUCCUGCUGAUGCAUGGAGUCUCCAAACACUCCGUUUUCUUUGGCGUUCACAGACUUUUCAACCUCGUUACCUACAUUCUGCUGCGCCUGACGCCGUUGGUGUACGCCACUUAUUACUCCUACACUUACCAUGGCAUGCCGUAUUACCUGGAUACCCUGGUGCCCUGCAUGGCGACGGCCAUUACUGUCAUCAACUUCGUCCUGCUGUGGAAGUUGAUUUGCAGUGACCUUUUGUCGAAGAAUGGCAAGGACAAGCACGUCAUGGACAACUAGGCCAUUUGGCAAAACUUGCUUCUUCUCCCGGCUUUGCCUGCAGGUGCCCUAUUUACGGUCACUGUAAUAUAGUCAUGUCAAAUGUUCCUUUUUAAAAUAGGUUUAUUUUAUUACUAUAGAAACAAUAGAAAUUAUCACAUCCUAUUAUAAAGCAGACGUUUGGAAUGUUUCCAUUGGACUGCUUCCUGGUCCCUCCAUGUCCUUCGGACUUCGAAUGUAGGGACUGGUAGUGGGAAAUAGAUUAGGAAUAGGAGGAUUGCUUCCCAAUGUAUACAAAUUAUAUGCAGGACUAGGAAGAUAUGCCCAUAAUGCAACUGGGUCUAAUUCCUGGCCCCUGAAUACAAAAUCACAACCAUAAUGUAAGCGUGGAACCAGCCUAUUUCAAAAUGGCAACAAGGCUACCACUAAUGAGCAGUUAGUGGGGUGAAGGGUUUCGAUUUUCGCCGAAUUCGAAAGUGUCUCUGGCAAGUGGCAACUGUCAAUUAAAGAAAGGGGCACUACCUUUCAAUACUAUUUUGAAACCAAUCGUGCCUAUGCAGUUGAAAUGCAUGGAAAUUGCUUACGUGGAGACACUGGCAGUUUUGGCUACUCGUAAUGGUAUAGAGUGAGUUUUUUUUUAUAGCCAUGUGUUCAAAUGUCCUCCACUCACAAGCUGCCAACAUUGUUUAAAAAAAAAUACACAAUACUGUUGCGCACGCGCAGAGGUGAUCCAAUCAAUGGCUUUCACUGGGAACCAGCUACCGAUCCCCAUAUUACAGGAGCGGGAACCAGUCUAUCUUUUCAUUUGGUUUGAACUGAAACAAAAUACCAACGAGAGGUUGUGAAGUCGGAGAGGAAGUCGUAGCCGAAUACGAUAUCAAAAGAAUGGUACUAGGGCCAAGUUCGC